CGACUGAAACCUUUUCUACGAUAGAUCACUCCUGGACGAAUGAGGGACGACACCGUCUUAGGCAAUUGUAGGUCAUUUCUUAAUACAUCCAUGACGUCAGCUAGCGUACGUUUACCAUAAAUUAAGCUACUUUGCAGAGUAUUCAGGUGAUAUUGAGAAUACACGUUGAUGCAAAGACUAUUUACUACGGCGGCCGACAAGAGCAGACACACUGCAAAUUAAAAAAACAUAAAUUUCACAACACAUGCGUUGCAUUUAGAAAACGGAAGUGUUUCCAGAGCACGGCUUGGACUCGCUCGUUGUCGUUAGCGACUCGUGAAGUUAUCGAAGUCGGCCCUUGUAUCAUCCUUGGUCCUUGGUUCGUUACAGGCUGCAGUCCGUCUGUCGCCACUGAUGAACCUGGUUAUUAUCUCUGAUUAAACUGCAGUUUUCCAACAUUUCUUUUCAAACUCCUUCACGUUUACCUUCAUUUUCGGUUUCGAAAAUGUUUUACAAGCUUUUUCUUUGAAGCUGCUGCUCCCGCGAGCUGCAGAUCGGACUGCGCAAAGCGGAGAAACGGUUCAAACGGAAUAACGGAAACAACGAACGGAUGAACUUUUUAGCGUCCUCUGGAAACACUCGAGUUGUCGUUUUGGAUUUGCAGCGUGUUUUCUAAAUGCUGCGCGUGUUGUCAAAUUGAUGAAGAUGUUUUUUCUAUUCGCAUGUGUUGUUUUAAGAUGGCGGCCACCGUAACGUUCUGGUUAGAGAAGUGAUGAAGCACGACAGAGUGCGCCGACAUUGUAAAAAUCAUGAAAAUGUAUUUCCAAAAUUAUGAAUUUGUGUGAAUGGGUUUUACAAUCUGUAGGACAUACGACGGCCUCUGUCCUUGACCUCGGUUCAGAUAAGGAAAAACAACACACAGCAAACAUUUCAUGGGCAAAAAUAAAGAGGAAGAAACCUCAGGAAGAGCUGCAGAGAACUUUUAAUGUCUGUAUUACGCAAAAGCCACCGUUAAGAGUUUAUAAAAACUUGGUUGUUCUAAAACAAAGCUUUGGUGAGCGCUGAGCUAACGCUAAAGCUAGCUUCUUGGGGUUGGUGACUCUACAUGAAGUGUGUUAGCUACCAUUAGUCCUGUCAGCUACUUCCUUUCAUGAGAAAAACACUAGAAACGUGUAAAGAUUUGUUGUAAAAAUGUGCAGCUAACAUGUUAGCUAACGUAGCUAACGGAAGUCUGGUUCCCUCAACAUUCGAGAUGCAGGCGUCGAUUCGGACGCCUGGAAAAGUUCGGUCAGUUCUGUGUUGUAGCGGUCACACGGAGGACGUCUUUUCUUCUUCUGCGGCAGGUAUUUAUUCACACCUCUGCUACCUGCGCGCUGCUUGACCGCCAAUUGUGUGGCCGUGUUUGAUUGCGCCCUCGCACGUUCAAACACACAAGCAGAGCUUUGUGGUGCAGCUCUUUGACUGCGUUCACUGACAAACUCAGUAUUUACCAAAUGAAUCAGAGCUGAUGAUGAUGAUGAUGAUGAUGAUGCUGGAGGAGGAGGAGGGGCGUGUUAUCCACUCUGCUUUCUAAUUAAAGCCUCGGACGAGGAGAGGCGGAGUGAGGAGGAGAAAGCAGAAGCUUCUGCAGCCUCUGGAAGAACAGAGAAGCUGAAGGUCAGGGGAGAAACCCCGAGAGACCCUUCGGCCCCGAAACAGACACUUCUGAGUCACAACUCCACCGAAGAAACCCGACAAGACGAGGGCCGAGAGGACAGCCGGGACGAGGAGGACAGCCGCAGAAACUCCUUCUUCUUACCAGAGACAUGGUUUCAGUCCGACCGAGAUUAGAUUAGAUAGAUCGAUCGAUCAGAGGAAGGACAAAUGAAGGAAACCUCAGAGAGUGAGAAGACUUGAGUCCGGUGAAGGAGCUGAGAUGAUGCCAGAGGAACCUGAACCGAUCCAGCUCAGCCAGAAAUAGCCUUCAUCAUGGGAUUGAGCCAAGCCUCCAACAUCACUCCAAUCAUCGGUUUGGCGGCGGCGGCAGUGGUGAGCAACCAUCCCAACACCUCUGGCACCUCGCCCACCUCGUCCCUCCCUCCGUCGUCCUGCAGCAUCGACGAAUCCUACAAGUACGUCUUCCUGCCCGUCUGCUACUCGCUGACCUUCCUCUUCAGCCUCACCCUCAACUCGGUGGUGCUGCUGCGCUCCUGCCGCCACCACGGCGGUGGCGGCUGCUGCGGUGGGGGCGGCUGUGGUGGCGGGCGACGCUGGAACACCUCUCUGAUCUACAUGGUGAACCUGGCCACCACCGACCUGAUGUAUGGCCUGUCGCUGCCCUUCCUGGUGGCGAGCUACGUGAUGAGGGACCACUGGGUGUUCGGGGACUUCAUGUGCCGCCUCGUCCGCUUCCUCUUCUACUUCAACCUCUACUGCUCCAUCUUCUUCCUCACCUGCAUCUCCGUGCACAGGUACCUGGGGAUCUGCCAUCCGAUAAGGACCAUCACUCUGGAGAGCAAGCGGGUGGUGAAGGGGACCUGCGCGUUGGUGUGGGUAGUGGUCUUCAUCCUCACCUGCCCCAUCUUCAGGUUCGCCCAGACAGGAUACGUCCAGCGAGGAGGCGGUGGGGUUGUCAAGCCUGGAGGGGCGAGGGAAGGCGGGAACAGUACUGGAUCUCAGUUGGAGGGCAAGGAGGGAUACAUGAACUGCUGGGACGACGCCAUCGAUAAGGAGUUUGCCGACUACGUCCCAUAUGGCAUCGUCCUCCACCUGCUGGGCUUCUUUGUGCCCUUCGUCAUCAUCGCUUGGUGCUACUCUCAAGUGGUCAGGACGAUAUUUCAGACCCUGCGCUCCCCUCCCAGUUCGAUAGAGGGCGGGGAGGAUGGUCCGGUGGGAGACGGGGUGACAGAAGGAGUUAGAGACAAGGAGAGAACCUCUGUCUCCUUCUCCGGAUCGCAGUAUUCGCACUACAUCCGGAGGCGACGGAAAUCCAUUAAAACCAUCGUAACCAUCACACUGCUGUUUGCGCUCUGCUUCCUGCCUUUCCACGUGACCCGGACGCUGUUCCUGCUCCUGCGGUGGGGGCGGCUCGGUGGCUGCAACCUCAUGAAGACCGUCUCCAUCUGCUACAAGGUCACCCGGCCGCUGGCCUCCUGCAACGCCUGGCUCAACGCCCUCCUCUACUUCCUGACGGGGGAUAAGGGUGCCCCCUGCUGCUGGCCGGCAGAACCCACCAUCCGCCGAGACCGCCGGAGCGGCUCCCUCUGGUGGCCGCUGAAAAUCCUGAAAAAAGAGGGAGUGGCAGAAGAAGACCAGGAGGCGGCCGAGAAGGUUGAAAGGGAGGUGCACAUGGAAAAUGAGUCCAAGUCUUCAAGGGUCAUCUUCUAGAAGGUUUUAGUGCUGGUUUUCUUUAAAGACUUCAAGUCCAGCAGUGAAACACAGAGCUGCUCAGUAGUGCUGGGUAUUGUUUGAAAUUGAAAAUCGAUAUUAGUCAUUAAAAGAGCUCCAGUCAAAGCUCAAACGAUGGAAAACCAUGUCAAAAACAUGAUGGAAAUAUGACAUUUCAUGUAUUAAUGCGAGGAAGAUUACAGCCUCCUCAUCGCUCCACGCAGAUCUGAUGACUUAAAACGUCCACUGAAGAGACAAAAACAAUUGCGGCAGACAGAUCUGAUACUUGAUAAAUGUUUAAACACAAGCAGAUGCACAAGAUAUUUAAGUAAAAUAAUUUUAAAUUUGGCAGAAUUGUGAUGCACAUCAGGAAGUGUCUGAUCAAAGAACAUUUUGAAUCUGACCAGACAUUUGAUGCCAGAUUUCGACUCUUAGUUCUACGAGCACAUUUCUGUAUUUAAUACCCAUCACUACUGUCUGACUGUCUCAUAUCAACUAUGGGCAAGUCAAAUCAGUGAGAAACACACAACUCUUCUCUAACACGAACUAGUCGUGCUGUUUAGCUCAUAGCUCCUGCAGUGAAUAUAAAACAGAAAGAGCAACAUGUCCUGAAUCAGAACUGUGUGGAGCCUGAUAGAGACGAUGUUUUAUUUAAAUCAACUGCCCUCAAAUUACUUGUUCACUAAAUAACUCAAAUGACGUUUUUUUGUUAUCUUAAUUUAGUAAUUUGUGCCUUGAAUUGCUCACUUCAUGUCCUCAGAAUUCCCAUUUGUGCCCUUGAAUGAAUGAAUUUUCUUAAAUUAAUAGAAUUAUCACCUUCAUUUGUCCCCCGACACUCUCAGCGUGGACCGCUUGGAUUCAACCCGGCUUUAUUUUGAUUUUGGAUUGAGAUACGUGGAUAUACUUGUGGUUUUGGCUGUUACACACAUACUACACUCGUUCUAAGCGGGUUUGGAGUAUGUAGUGUGUUUACAUUGGACAUGUGGCUAAAUGAAGUGUACUUAAAUCAGUGUGCAGAUUCAAUAUGUUCGAUUUUUGAGUGUCCCGUCGAUGUGCACUACGCAGUGCAGUGGUGGUGAAGCAGCUCCACAAAGAUCUUGGAAAACAAUUACAAGUAUUAAAUCUUAAGAAAGACGUUUUUCUGUCUCUUUGUGACGUUUAAUUGGCAGUGACAUUUCAAAGUAAUUUCCUGUUCGUAUAAAAUGGUAAAGUAUGUUGAGUUUUUUGUGUACUAACUGUUAAAAAAAGUAAACUAUGAAGAUUAGUAUGUAGUAUGAAUUUGGGACACGCUGAACAUUGGUUGUGCUUCAUUUUAGGGCAGAAAUUAUUUUUUUUAUUAUAUUCUUAAUCUUUUAAAUAAAAUUAAAUAAAGAAACUUGUGUAAAAUGCUCUAAGAGUCCAAGGGGGACGUCUUCAGAUGUCUUGAUUUGUCCGACCAACGGUCCAAAACCCAAAGAGAUUCAGUUUACUGAUAUAAAACAGAGAAAAGCAGUAAAUCAUCACAUUUUAGACGCCAGAACCAGCGAUCAACCCAUUAACUUAUCAAUUAAUAGACUAAUCUUUUCAGCACUACUUUACUGCUACCCUCCAGAAGACAGGAGGCGGCAAAUUAUGUAUUUUUGAGGGCACAAAUUAUUGUUUUGAGAGAAUCAUUUGUUAAAUUUCCGCCUGAUAAACUCAAACGAAUGAAAUAAAGGCUCACUUCUGUCCACGUGAAAUCAUUGUCACCCGAGAGGCUUAAAGGGGAAUGACACCUAUUUUAAAGACCGAUUUCACUCCUCCUCCUGCCGUUAGCCAGAAGCUAGAGCUGACCUUUGACCCCUGAGACACCAACUCUGUCGAGCAUUAACGUGUUGCUGACAAACCUUAGCUGAAUCAGUCCUGGAACAUGUAAUUAAUAAGUAAAUUAAAAAAAUAUAUAAAUGUGGCACUCCCCUUUAAAUGUCUUGUAAAACAGUGAAUGGCGGCCAUGUUACUGACCUGCGCUGGUGUCCGAACGUGUUUCCUGCUUCAUGUGUUGUUGUUGUUUUUGAGCUCAGGUCAGUCUGUGAUGUCAGACCUCGUUUUUUCGACUCAUGUAUUUUGACGUUUUGUGGCACAAUAUCUGGAUUAAAGUCUGCUGUUGACAUCA